UUUUUGUAAUGGUUAUUUGUUCCAUUAUUAGUGCAACUAUUUUCUUUUAUGAAUGAUGAAACUAUUUUUUACUAUGACAUCUUAUCAAUUAUUGUUUUUUUUUUUUCAUUGAUGUGGUCGUAUCUAAUUAUUGAUAGCAAAUUUAUGUUGAGAAAAAAGUUAUGCAGAAAAUUUUUCUUAACUAAUUUAUACUAUAUAUAAAUAAUUACCAAUUUCUCACUUUUUUUCCUACCCGUAUUUGUUGAAAUAUAAAAACCCAAAUUUCCUCAUCCCAUUUUUUUCACUUUUACCACUUAUCAUUGUGGAUGGUCUAAGUCUUUUGUUUUUUAACCUUUGACUGUAUUUUUCAUUUUACUUUACCAUAGUAGUUAAAAUAAAUUUUAUACCAUAGUAAUAUUUUUCACUUACACAAAAAAUUACCAAAGGUAAGAUAGCAUAAUGGUAAAGCUGUCACGAUAGUGAAGGCUUGCGAAUUGCAGAUACCAAGUUUGAAUACAAGCGAGACUCGUUGGUGUUCCUGGAAAUACAAAGUUACUGAAGGAGAAAUUCCAUUGACGUCGAAUUUGAUUGCAGGCUUUUGCGCCUCCAUUACCAUACCAUUACCAACUCUCGUAAUUUGGCUAAGGAUUUGACAAAAGGGUAUUCAUGUCUCGCCACCAUCAUCAAUAAUUGUGAUCCCCUAGCCAUCCACCUGAAUUAGUGAUAAGGGAUUAUCGUGACUUGCUAUCAUAAUCUUUAAUUAUGGAUGAUUUUUUAUUUGGGCUUAACAAUAAUUAAUUGAACUAAAAUAAGCAAAACGAAAUUUGCAUAACACCAAAAAGCAAAUACUAGUAUUAGUCGACUCUCAGCUUUCAAUUCGUCAAACUAAAGAUUACCAAUGACAAGAAUUUGAGAUGUCACCUCUCCUUCAUUCUCCUUAUCCAUAUCCUAACUGUAGGCAAACUCAAGACUCUUUGCUUAGUCUCUUUGCCCGAAAUUAAACAACCAAAUCUAAUCUAUAUAUUUAAUUAUUUAUUUGAAAUGUAAUUAAUUUCAUAUUCGAUAAUACCGACUGGGAUACCGAAGUACCGUUUGGGAUACCAGAAUAUUUAGUGAUUGGGAUACCGAAAUUAUUUAGGGAUUGAGGUUGGGAUUGACUUUCGGAUAUAAUUUGGUAUUCGGGAUUUCAGUAUUUGGUAUUGGGAUACCGAUACCAUACCGAUUUCCACCCCUUCGUAAUGGUGAUCCCCUUGGCACCCACCGGAAUUAGUGAAUUAAGGGAUUAUCAUGACUUGCCAUCGUAAUCUUAAUUAUAUAUGGAUGAUUAAUUUAUUUGGGCCUAACAAUAAUUAAUCGAACUAAAAUAAGCAAAACGAAAUUUGCAGAACAACAAUUAAUCGUUGGGUCUUAAUCAACAACUGGAGGUGGGCAAUUCCAAGUUACUUAAUAUCUCAAUUGGACAUCAGUUCAGUGCAUUAUAUGAAAUAGCAGCGAAUUAAAACGAGAUACGUUAUACACGAUAGAGACCCGCAAGUUGGAGUUGGACUUUCAUGCUGAAUUGUUAUUUUUGAACCUGCUUACUGAUUGCGCCAGCCAGCCAAAGAUUGUCUAAUUAGUGGACAAGUUGCCGCACAGAGGAGAUCACUUAGCUUGCAGUUGCUGAGAUGUUGACCCAGCCAGGCGAUGCUGUGUAAUUAGAUUACAAAAAUGGCCGCCACAGAAUCAAUGGUUGAUUUCUUCCUCCUUGAUUACGUUUUUCUGGAUUGUUUUUAAUCUUGUUUAUUUCCUCGGAGGUUAACGUUUCGGAGAUGAUCGGCGGUGCCGUCUAUGAUUCUUUGAGUGGGUGUUAUCCCACAAUGCUUGCAACUAGGAGCCCCUCAGCUUGAUCCAAGAUUGACAAACAAUGGAGGCAUGGUAGCUAGAGACUAGGGACCAUUACACAUUUAAAUGAAAAGAAGAAAAAAAAGACCAUUCACAUUACCAUCUCUUUCAAUUGUUGACGAUGUAACGUAUUAUUACAUGUUAAAAAUGACACUAAUUGUGAUUUACAGAAUUGUGUCAAACUUUUACGUGUUUAAUUUUUUUUUUAUAAAUAAUGUCGAGAUUACUCGAGAACAUGUUAAAAUUUGGGUGACAACUGCUUUGCUAUGAUGGUCGCGACGAAAUGCUCAACUAUGGCUUCCCUUUUCAAAUCUUUUCACUUCUCUAUAGAAUUAUCCUUUCCAGAGUCACUGCGAGUCACUCCAACGACUGGUGGUAGCCUCCUCCCUUUUUCCUUUCAAAUUUGACCUUCUUUUCUUCCUUCCUCGGUAUUUUUUUCGUUGUCCCUUCAACUUUUCGUUUUGGUUUCUUGCCCAUUUAUGAGAUUUUCUUUCUUCCUCUUCUUGUAAGAUGGAUGACUUCAGUUCGAGUCUUUGUUAUUUAUCUUCAGAUCUAGAUGCGAUUGGAUAUUUUGCUAGUGGUCAAAGGGGACUAUGAAUAUCUAAUGUAUUUUUCAUUGUGCUUCAAAAGCCAGUUCGAGAACAUGCUGAAAUUUGGGUGACUAAUGAAAUCCAAUGAUAUAAGAUAGAUAAAUGCUCUUUUAUUACCAUGCCUGUAACAACUAUUUUUAUCGGUAUGGAAAUUGUAAUAGGCAAAGGGUUUGUAAUUCAACCCCUAAUUCACUGAUUUGUUAAAAACACUAUAAACUGAUUCAACCAACCAUGCAGGGAUGACAAUUUCGACAUGACCCGUUGUUCUCGACUUGUUUGGCUUGUUUUGGGGCGGGGGGCGGGUUUGGGUACCUCUCAUCGACCCGACCUGCCCUGACCCGUCCCAUUCUUGACCUGUUCUUGCCUAAAUUACAUGUAAGUUUAGUCAAACUACUUAGGAUUUUCCUUUUAUUAUCUCAUAUUUUAGCUAUAAAAAAGUUGUAAAUAAGUGAAAACCUCAAUUUCUCUAAUAAUUUAACUACAUUUUAUCAUAUUAUGGUUUGUUACUUGGUCUUUUAAUGAAAAUAACGAAUAUUUCUAACAUUUUUCACAUAAAUUACAUACCCAUUGAGUCGACCUGCCCCAACCCGCACCCCGUAUUAAAUUAUCCGACCUGGACCCAACCUACCAUGGGACGAGUAUGGGUAUCGAGAUACCCAACCCGGACCUGCCCAUUACCAUUCCUAUGUACACUCCUAAAUCCUAAUUGUCGAUUAGGCUUCCAUUAGAUUGAUUUUUUUUUUGGGUGAGUUUCCAGUUGGCCAAUCAAUCUAAUGCGUAAAGAGCUAGCGCACUAGGGCCUUUGGACCAUAAAACGGCACAAGUCCAGUCCUUUAGUCUCGGCCCAAAUCAAAGCAAAGUAAAUAACAUGAAGCUCGGCCCAGCAUAAAGCGCGAAAUAUUCCGAGUGCAUAUAAAUACUUUCAUCGCCACUUUAGGGUUUGCACUUAGCAGCCGGAGAGUGAGUAGAAGGUUUACCGCAGCCGCCGUCGUUGCAGAGUGCAGAACUUUGAAAGGGAGCCAUGGCCAGAAUCAAAGUCCACGAGUUGAGGCAGAAGUCGAAGGCCGAGCUUUUGAAUCAGUUGAAGGAUCUCAAGGCUGAGCUUGCCCUUCUCCGCGUUGCUAAGGUCACCGGCGGCGCUCCUAACAAGCUCUCCAAGAUCAAGGUGGUGCGCUUGUCGAUUGCCCAAGUGUUGACUGUGAUUUCUCAGACACAGAAAUCUGUUCUGCGUGAGGCCUAUAAGAACAAGAAGUUCUUGCCCCUCGAUCUCCGUCCCAAGAAGACCAGAGCCAUCAGGAGGAGGCUUACCAAGCACCAGCAAUCACUGAAGACUGAGCGGGAGAAGAAGAGAGAAAUGUACUUCCCCAAGAGAAAGUAUGCAAUUAAGGUGUAGAACUAGCCAGGAAAGUUCCGUUUGCUAUUUUCUCUAUAUCUGAAGAGUUAUGAAGGAAGUGCAUUUUGGUAUGAUGAACUGUUUUGCCUUUUGUAUUCUCGUAUUUUGGGGAGUCAAUGUGUGAGCUGAGCAUCGACUCAAAGUUUUGGUUAUAUGGAUUGUUAUUUUACUGGAAGUGAUUCAGUUAGGUUUUUGGUAAUGCAUCAUGUAUUAUCAGUAGUCUGGAUUGGUAGGCAUUACUUGGUAACGUUUCGAUAUAAUCUGCAGCAAAGCAUUAAGUCUUUGUACUGGAAAGGAAAAGCUUGGCAGAUCUAGUGUAUAAGCACAUCUCAACACCUGCAAUCCUUCUGGACACACUGUUCUUAACCAGGAUCCUCCUGCAAUCUGCCGUUCAUAUUGGGAGUUUCAGUUGUGAAAUCAUAUAUUAAAAUCCAACCCAAUCC